CGUCAACUCCCUUUCUUUCUCCUUUCUCUCUUUCUCUUCAGUACAAAGUCCUUCUGCCUCUACCACUCUUUCAUCACUGGAGCUUCACUGGAUGCUCCGAUCAUCGAACGUUGGGUGGGCGUGAAUUCUCGUGUUCCUCCCCCUGCACUUGCAAGUCUUUUAAUACCUCUGCGGCCCGGGUCUCGGCGUGCACCUCGGUUUGACGUUCUCGACAACCUGCGCAGUCGUAACGGCUUUCUCGCGAGCACAAUUUGGUGUUGAGCCUGCAAUCCGCAAAUUCGACAACGACGCCAAAUACUGAAUAUCUGUUGGGUAUUUCUGACUUUGAGUAAUCCUGAUAGUACUUGAUUCAGUCUAACACCUUUAUUCUCCAUUAUUUCGGCCUCCCCAGGUGCGUGCACGGAUUUGGAGCUGGUGUGGUCGCUUUGCAGCAGCCAUGGAUCUGAAUGAAGUUCCUUCAUCGCCAGGCAGCCUUUCUUCGCCGCCACACUCGCCCGACAAUGCAGGUUCAGGUACAAUCCGCGUAGCUGGUGUUGGUGUUCACAGUACUCCAAACGGCACAUCUCAGGCAGCCUCAACAUCGACGCCUAAAAAUAGUAAUUUGACAGCAAGUGGCCAGCCUCGCAAAAAGCCAGGUCCAAAACCAAAACCAAAAGACCCAAACGCUCCAGAGAAGAAACCGAGAAAGCCUAGAAGGACUGCUGAACCCAAAGAUGUGUCUGCAGAGCCAGCGCCGCGCAAGAGGAGGGGACCGAAGGCAUCACUUGAAGCUCAAGCUCCAACACCGCCGCCGCCUCCUGUGGAAGAGAAGGUAGUACCGCAACAGCUUACACCAACACCGCAAACAAGACCCACUGAAAUGGUUUCGGUGCUGCAACAAGAACCACCUGCACCAAUCGUUACUCAGCCGCCUCGGGUGCUCAACAAUCCCGAACCUAUUCACAACAACCCUUCUCUUGCACACAUUAGUGUUGCCCCUUCAACCCCGAGGCCUGCAAGCUCUGGUCAACGAUAUGAUCCUAUCCGCGGGGGCGUGUUUGAGUCGAAGCCGCCGAGUGCAGCAAGCGCGCCGCCCGUCUCGCCGCCGCUCAACCGCGCUAGCGCUUCUCCGUCUAUCACCAGUUUGAUUGAUCCGCCAUCAGCAUCCAACUCGACCUAUCCUCAAGCGGUCAGGCUGCAGCAUCAAGCUUCAAUCACUUCUGCGCCUGUGUCGCCUGCCGCCUUGUCAUCGCGCCCUGGUUCGGUCCUUCCGCAACACGACCUCCAACCAUCUCGACCCAACCCUACAACUUUCGUUACUACCCCAAUGGAGAUCGAUUCGGACGCCAACUCAUUGCCCAAGAUGUCAGUCCCAAUGAAGAAAACAGACUCUGCGAGCGCGGGUACGCCCUCCAACGCGCCUACCCCACCCGUUAAACCCGCUCGCCAGAAGGAAGCCCCACCACCUCUCCCGACUGGUAGCGGUCUGUUAUCAGGAACUCCGUUCGGCCCGAUGACCACCUCGAACGGCUCCACAGAUUCCCCAGGCGUCAACAUCUGGCUUUCCUUCCCGCUGAAAGGCCAAACGAAUGUUACCAUCAACUUUGCGCAAGAGGUAGAGAAGAAGUAUGGAUUUGCUGCACUUCACCCCCGAAUUGCCGCUCGUCGGGAGCGCCAGCGUCAGAUUACUGCUGCAGGUGCUGCCCUCGAAAAGGCCACUGGUGGAGGAUCCAAUGAUGACAUGUCUCUAGAUCUGUCCGAGCCAGAGAGUAAUGUUGAGAUGGGUGGCAUGGACGAUGAAGCAUCUGCUGGAAAUGGAGGCAAGAGGAAGCGAAAGAGGAAGCAAGAGGAUUAUGACAAGGAGGAUGAUUUCAUCGACGACACGGAAUUGGCAUGGGAGCAGCAGGCGCUUAUGGCUAAAGACGGUUUCUUCGUGUAUAGCGGGCCGCUCCUCCCAGAAGGCGAGAAGCCUGCCGUUGAAAGGGCCGAUGGAACCGUCAAACGCGGACGCGGACGCGGGCGAGGUGGUACAGUCCGUGGGGAGGCUUCAGGCAGAGGCCGAGGACGUGGUGGGGGUCCUGGUUCCCGUGGAGGCAGCACGGUUAGAAAACCACGUGUUACCAAAGCUGACCGUGCUAUGAUGGAACAGGAAAAGCACGAGCGUGAAAAGAUGGCGGCCACGAUCGCGGCAAAGCAACCCAUUGCAACAUAUGCCGGCGCUGCGUCUAUGUAGGUGUCGAUACCUGUCACCUUUCAUGUCAUCUCAAAUCCCUUAUGCACUACUCCUGGUAUAGAUGUACUGUAAGAUACUUCGGCGCUACCUUUCAUGGCAAUUCAUGGGCGGUUUGUUGUUUCGUGGGUCCAUAUAUUCAUGGCGUUUCAAAUGGAUAGGAUCGGAUUGAGAGGACGGAAAAAUCCAUGUAUAGGCGUUGGUGGGCUUGUGGCGAUUCUUUAACUCUGGCGCACCUGCCGGAUCAUGUGGUUGCGAUUACACGGGGUUUGACGUGAUAGAAU